GGGCGAGAGCCUUGAAAAGAAGAGCAGGAAGACGAGUGCAACCACAGACAAGCUUGGACCCAGAGCAAGAACCAGAACCAGAAGCAGCAGCAGCAGCAGCAGAAGAAGAAACAUGCAGCCUGGUCCAGGUCCCGCCAUUCUGGUUGUGAUCGCGCUGGUUCUGUGCAGCCCGGCUGUUACCGCUCAGCCUGACAGAGAGCAGGACGAGUACCAGAACCAAGACCUGAACCUGGAGCUGCGCCACCAACAGAUGCUGCAACAAGCUCAUGGUGUCCUGUCACAGGACUGGACCAAACGUGCGGUGGAGGACCUGCUGGCCCGUAUGGCGCUGCCCGAGGCCGACGGCCAGCGGGAGGCUGAGCUGGUUGCCUCGGUGACCGGGAGCGGGCGGAUGAACCUGCAGCGCUCGGUGGACACCCCCAACAGCCUGCCCCCCCGUGAACGUAAAGCUGGCUGCAAGAACUUCUACUGGAAAGGUUUCACUUCCUGUUAGAUGCUACACCUUGUAUCUAACCCUUGACCCCCACCUGCCACCCCCCCACUCCAACUUCCUUAUUGACCAGAUGACAUGGGCGUGGCCUUAGAGCUCAACCAAUCAGCUGCAGUCUGCUUUUACCUGUCUAAAUGACAUAUUUAAUUCAUUAAAA